AUGUCUACCAGCAUGAAGCUCUCAAUUGACGACUGCCCGCGUCCACUGCGCGUCGCCAUCGUUGGAGCCGGGAUAGGCGGGCUAUCAGCUGCCAUCGGCCUCCGACGCAACGGGCACGCCGUGGACCUAUACGAACAGUCCCAGUUCGCAGCGGAAAUCGGGGCGGCGGUUCACCUGAUGCCCAAUGGCCUCAGCAUCCUGCGGCAGUGGGAGCUCGACCCGGCCGACUUCGACGCCAACCCCAUGAGCCGUGCCGUGGAAUACGACCGGCAUGGUCGCCUCGAAAAGGAUAUGGACCUCAGUAAGGCGAAUCUGCGGUGGUCAGAUCCAUGGCUUCUCGCACAGCGUGCCAAAUUUCACAAUGCACUCAAGACCAAGGCGCUCGCAAUGGGCGCUGUCCUGCAUACGUCUACACGGGUUGUAGGUGUUGACACUGCUGGCGGGACCAUCACUCUGGGAGAUGAGAGAAUCAUCUCGGCUGAUGUUAUUCUUGGUGCGGACGGGGUAUAUUCUGUUACGAGAACUUAUAUCACAGACGCAAAGCCUUUUGGCUCCGGAAAGUCGGCUUUUCGAUUCAUGAUUCCCAGAAAAGUCGCGCUUGCAGAUCCUGAAACUCGUCCUCUAGCCGAGAUGCAUGACAGCCUUCUCGCCUGGAUGGGCAAGACUCACAGGAUUAUCAUGUAUUCCUGCAGCAAUAACGAAAUGCUCAAUUUUGUCUGCAUGCAUCCUGAGGAAGAAUCUCGUUCGAUGAUAGAGGAAGGAUGGAACGCACAAGUGACGACCGAGCAGGUCCUGCAAGUAUAUCGAGACUUCCCUCGAGCGGUCAUAAGUCUGCUCGCCAAAUCCGAUGCCCCCGGGACUCCAAAAGGAGUUUGGCCACUGCUGGACAUGGAGCAAAUACCUUGGACCAAGGGCAGGAUGGCUCUACUCGGAGAUGCUGCCCAUCCGUUUACUCCCCACCAGGGACAAGGCGCGGUGCAAGCUUUGGAAGAUGCAGCUAGCCUGUCCGUGGUUCUCCCGGCCGGCACUCACCUGGCUGCAGUGCCCGAAAGGCUCCGGCUGUAUGAGAGGAUCAGAAGCAAGAGGGCUCAUACCAUCCAGGCGUAUUCACGUGAGGCCGGCAAAGAUGUGGCCGAGGGUGAAAAGCCCGAGGUGAACAAUACGGAUGAGCUCUUCUCCCAUGACGAGCUUUACUACUCCAAACGCAUGUUUAAGAGGUGGAAGCACGAGCAAGACCCUACUAACUUCCACUUCCUCCCGCUAGCCGCUGGGGCUUUCUCGGGUAUGCGGCGGGCCUUACCAAUCAGAGACUCGUCGGGCUUCAAAAGAGUCACGAUCAAGUUCAAGACGUCCAAGCCAUUUAUGGAAACCCUCCUCCCUAACGACCACUUCGUCUUCAGACGACCAGACACCGUGUGCACCGCCAGUCUGGUUACCACAUCUCUAUCCAACCUGCCUUGGCUUGGUGGAGAAGGCUACACUACGCUAGCGCUGCACAUUCACGGGGUGCAGUACAAGCAAAUAAAGGGCGGCGUGAUGAACGGCUCUUUCGUCGCGAUUCAUCUGGUAUCCCGUGGCGAGGCUGUUGCGGCGUGUCGCGAGGAGCUCGGCCUCCCGGCCGUGCCCUGCGACCUGGACGUGUAUCAGCCCGAUGACAACAGCUGCACCGUUACUGCGUCGUGGGAGGGGGCCAAGUUUGCCAGCUUGUCCCUCACCGGGCUAGUGGCAAAAGACGCGGCACUCGAACGCGGCUCUAUAGGUACCCUGGCCGAUUAUGGAGUCAUGUCUUACAGGUAUGUACCAGCGGUCGGGCGGCCUGGCGAGCCCGAGGCUGAAUAUGCAUGUGUGACUCCCCACGCGAGGGAGAAGACCGAGACAGUCGAGUCUGUUUCCAGCUCCACCAGUGCCCGGUUGGUUUUCAAGGAUUUGGGAUGGGAGCAGCUGCCUACUCUUGGACACAUCGCGGCUGCAUUCAGUCAGAUGCCGAUAUAUGGGAUUGUCGGGGUCAAGGUUGUUGAGGGCAGUAACGCAUCCGAACAGUUGUCAUCUAGAAAGAUAGAUUAG